AUGACUAUUCUAUGCUACCGAAUUGGCUUGGAGUGGGUGGCACUUUUGCUGGCCUUAAUUAUGAGCACCACAUUUUUGCUAACAUAUUAUAUUUCGGUAUAUAGAGGACAUGUGAAUGCGGAGUUACCAUUCAUCAGUUCUACAGGUGCUUAUCCACCAGAAAGCUGUAUAUUUGCAGAGGGUUUAAACCUUGCUGCCUUUCUGAGUUCAUUGUGUGCCUUCUUUUGGUAUCUGAUUGCGUUGGAUAGAACAAAAUUUAUGGGCAUACACCAACCGACAUGUUUACUUAAAUUUAUGACUAUACUAUCUUUAAUAGCUGGAAUCGGAUUAACUAUGGUGGGCAACUUCCAACAAGUUAACGUUGAAUUAGUGCAUGAUAUUGGCGCUGCAAUGGCGUUUUAUGGGACAACUUUAUACAUUUUCCUAUGUGCUUAUGUAAGCAGUCGAUAUCUUAAAACACAUUGGUGCAUAUGGAUAUUGAGAUUACUGUUGGGUGUAGGAUCAGCAAUAGCAACAGUACUCUUCACAGUAUGCCAUUUAUUCUCUCGAAUUCAUUUCAAAGGAUCUCAAGAAGAAUCCCUAACGUAUCGUCAUCCAAAACAAGGUGGACAUUCGUAUUAUUUAUGCAGCACAGGUGCUGAGUGGUUUGCGGGACUUUUCAAUAUACUCUUCUUUACUACAUGGGCGUAUGAAUUCAGUAAUUAUGCUUUACAGAUGCCCAAGAUAGUUCACAGAUCGCCUAAUGAGAUUUCAGAAAAUGUUGACUCAAAAUCCCAAAUACGUGGGACAGAUGAUGUUACAACCUCGCAUAGAAUGAUUUUUUAA